AUGGAUGCCAGCAAUGUUUUCUUCGUUCCUUCAAACAUGUAUGGGAAGAAUCUUCGGGAGAGGGCGAGGAUCAUAAACUUGGUCACCACCCAAGCACCUCCCAUGGCUGUAACAGCUACGAUUGUCAACGGUUGGCACACCAGUCGAAGCGACAAACGAACGCACUGUACCGUCGAUUACUACAAUGCUGCCGGUGCCCGUGUUGGCCGACGCCAUAUUGUCUGA